AUGGCUGAUAUAGAAGAUUUGAGAGCAGGUUUAGUCUCUCAAUUAGAAAAAUUAGAAAAGGAAAUAGGUAGAUUGGACUCUAAAGAUCCAGUUUCAAGGAAUAAAAGUAUUAAAAAGUUAAAUGAUUUUGUUAAGGAGGUAGAAAGCGAUCUUAAGUAGUAUGAAACAGAAGUUUUAUCAGUUUCUGUAAAGCAAGCAUAAAAAUAUUAAGAAUCAUUAAAAUAACUAAAUGCAAAAUAUGAAAAUUUAAAAAAGUCUUUUGAGUAAAAGAAAAUUGCGGGCACUGAUAGAGAGAGAUUAUUUAGAGGAAUUAAAAAGAUGGACGAUAGAGACCCUUCUGAAAUGCAAACAGAAGAAGUUAUUCAAAGAUUAAAAGAAACAUAAGAAAAUGAUAUAGAAGCUCUCCUUGGAAUAUAAGGACAUGUAGAAAGAUUUAAUGAAAUGGCAGAUAAUAUAAAUGCAUAACUCGAUGAUUAAAUAAGGAAGCUAGAUCAAGUAAAUGCGAUAGCCAAAGAUACAGAAUCUGAAUUAAAAAGAACUUAAAGAUUUAUUAGAUAAUUCUUAAGGAAUAUAUAUACAGAUAAAAUACUUAUAUGCUUAAUUGUAUUAAUAUUCAUUGCGAUAGUCACUCUUUUAAUACUUAAUAUUACUGGCAUUACAAAAAAGCUAUCAAAUAAUGUAGAUGUUGUUACAAAAAGUAAUAAUAAUUCUUCGAAUUCUUCUUCAUCUGGUACUAACAGUGGAGGUAGUAGCAACACUAAUACAGGAAAGAGAUUUUUAAAUUAUGGGAAUUCAAAUAAUUAGGUUUAAGUCAUAAAAAUGCUAGGAGAAUUUAUAAUGUCUAUUUUAAUUUGA